AUGUCCACUCUUGCAGGUGAAUUCGCCAUGAAAGAUUUAGGACCACUGACAUAUUUUCUUGGUGUCUCCGUCAUGCGAAACGGUGACAACUUAUUUAUAUCUCAACAAGCUUAUGCGAGGGACAUCAUUCAUCGUGCAGGCAUGGACUCUUGCAAGCCUGCUGCGACUCCCGUAGACACUCAGACAAAAUUGGGCGAUACUUCUGGCCCUCUCUUUGAUGACCCCACCACUUACAGAAGUCUCACUCAUUGGAAUGCUCUUAAACGCAUUCAAGGUACUGCUGACUUCGGGCUACAUCUUCAUGCCUCAUCUUCUCUCUCCAUUCGUGCCUACACAGAUGCGGAUGGGCCGGUUGUCCUGAUACUCGACGAUCCACGUCUGGUUAUUGUGUUUAUUUGGGUGAUAACCUGGUUUCCUGGUCCUCUAAGCGCCAGUCUACCAUCUCCCGUUCUAGUGCUGAAGCCAAAUAUCGAGGUGUCGCCAACGUCGUACCCGAAAUAUGUUGGCUCAGAAAUCUUCUUCUUGAACUUCGACGGCCAUUAUCUAAGGCUUCUUUGGUAUACUGUGACAACAUAA